AACUAAUACUUAAUCUGUGGUAUAAGGAAACUAAUGAAAAUUAUAAAUAAUAAUAUAAUAAUUAAAUCUUAUUAUGGAUUGGACCAAUGCCAAGGUGAUAGAGUUUAUUGAACUUCUGGAGAAUGAACCGACCAUAUGGAAUCCUAAUACGAAAUCCCAUAAAAACAGAACGGCCGUUAUUGAUGCUUGGGAAAGAAUUAAAAAUUCAUUUUCGCUUCAAUGCUCUAUUGAAGAAUUAAAAAGGAAGAGGAAUUCUCUAAUGGCUGCUUAUAGGGAUCACUUAAAAAAGCUUAAAGACUCCUAUACCACCUGUUCAAGCACGGAUGAUGUGUACCAGCCAACAUGGUUUGCAUUUGAAGCCAUGCACAGUUUCUUGUGGUCAGUGUAUGAAUAUAACAACCCCAAAUAUACUGAGGAACACACAUUUAAAUAUGAAAGACCACUCUCAAGAGAAUCUGAUGAAGGCAGUGGAAAUGAAUCAACACAAUAUGAACGGUGCAAAAAAAGAAAAAAAACUAUGAAGUCUGAGGAAUUAUCACAAAUAAAGAAGCGAAUAGAUGAAGCAUUCUCUCUUAUAGAAGAGAGAAAUUUAGAAAAACAGAGAGAUGAAAAUGAUUUGUUUGGCCAACUUGUGUCGCAAAAAUUAAAAAAAAUGAAUGAAGAUGACAGGCUCAUGUUAACUCAUGAUAUACAUAAUUUAAUCUUCAAGUAUGAAAUGAAAGCAAGAUCCAAAUUAAGAAUGAGUACUCAGUUGAGUCUUGACUCAUAACAGAACAUUGAGCAUUUGUUCUUUGAUACUACCUGUUUUUAAUAAGAAUGAGUGUAUUGGUGUAACAUUUGACCAAGCAAAGCAUGAAGGCAGACAACAUGAUGCUGACUUCUAUUGCAAAAGAUUCAAAUGAAAAUUUGAUGCAAAGAAAUGUUACAGCCUACAGGUAAAUGCUCACUCCAUGUAAGCAUUUAGUUGAAGAGCUCAUUUGUAUAAGCAUUUUUAUGAACAUCAUCACACUGAGAAAAUGUAUAAGUUAAUAUCCACUCUAAAUCUACAAUAUUCUAUCAGGAUUCAGGUUUAUGAAAAAGUUGCAUAUUAUACAACAUAAUAUGUGCCCAACAAUUAACCAACCAUAUCAUUGGGCAAUAAUAAUAAUAUCAAGAAUAUAUGUUUUAUAUUGAUUC